AGAAUCGAAACUGUUCUCUUCCUGGCAGAAAAGAAAGAUCAACAUGUUAUAGUUCUCAGAUAUGGCUGUGUCUCGCAUAUCUGUCAGGAAGGACCACCUCAGCUGUCCACUCUGCCAGGAGGUGCUCAGUAAUCCAGCUGCUAUUCCCUGUGGACACAGUUUCUGCAUGAUCUGUAUCCAGGACUUCUGGGACAAUGAAGAAAAGGGUGAUCGUUUCUGCAGCUGCCCUGAAUGCCAAGACUCCUUUCAGCCGAGGCCUAUCCUGAUCAAGAACAUUGUUCUGGCUGAAAUGGUGGAAGGAAUGAAGAAGUCCAAGUGUGGAAAUAAUGUGGGUGCUGGAGGUAAGCGCAGACCUGUUGAAGACGGUCAGGAGGCAGGCCCUUCGCCCAGUCAUGCUCUGGGUUGGGCCAGACCCUCGAAGAUACCCAAAACCACUAGAGUCUCAGAGGUACCGAAGAGCAGAGUAUGUCCUAUACAUGGCAGACUGCUGGAGAUUUACUGCUGUGAUGAUGAUCAAUGCAUCUGCCCUCUAUGCGCUCUGGUUGAGCAUAAAGCACAUAACAAUUUGUUGGCGAAAGAGGGACGGAAAAGGAUGCAGGAACAGCUCCAGGACAUUAAGAAGGAAUCCAAGCAGAGGAUCAAAAUGAGGGAACAGGAGCAGAAGGACCUAAGAGAGAACAUAAAGAGGGUUCAGGAAGGUGGUAGGGCUGCUGAGGAGCACUGCGAGGGCGUCCUCUCUGGGCUGAUCGACUCCCUCCAGAAGCACUACUCCACAGUGAGAGAGUUGAUCUUGGCCCACGAGACAGCUGCAGUGGCUCAGGCUGAGAGCUCCCUGUGCAGCAUGGAGAAAGACAUGGCUGCCCUGAAGAGGAGAGACGCUGAGCUGGGGCAGCUCUCUCAGACAGAUGAUGAUAUCCACUUCCUCCAGAGAUUGCCCUCUCUCUCUAACCUCCCAGAACCCCCUGACUUGUCCAGUGUCUCGACGGAUCCACACCUCCCCUUUGAGGCCAUAAGGAGUGCUGUCUCAGAGUUUGGGAAUCGACUAGAGGCUUUCGCUGAGGAGGAAAUCAGUACAGUGUCUCAAACUGUGGCUGGAAAUGGAGGUUCCCAGUCUCCAGACCAUAGAGUCAUACCUGAGCAGCUUCCAGUUAUCAGUGCUGCACAGACCCCAGAGCCUACGACCAGAAGAGAAUUUCUACAGUAUGCUUGUGAGCUUACCUUGGACCCCAACACUGCCCACAAGGACCUCUCCCUCUCAGAGGACGGCAGAAUGGUGAGGUGGGAUGCUAAAAAGCAGAAGGAACCAGUCCAACCUCACUCUGAGAGGUUUAACUACCGUCGCCAGGUGCUGUGCAAGAAGGGGCUUGAAGCUGAGCGCUGCUACUGGGAGGUGGAAGUGGUGGGGAACAAGGCUGAGAUUGCCCUGGCCUAUUGGGGCAUAGACAGAAAAUCAGUCUCUAAGAGAUCCGCUUUUGGGGCCAGUGACCAAUCCUGGAGCCUUGACCGUUCUAAAGGCUAUUCUGUGUGCCACAACAGUGAAGGUGUUGCACUCUGUGCAACCCCCAGCCAGUGCAGAUUAGGGGUUUACCUGCAAUUUAAGGAGGGCACCAUAACAUUUUAUGAAGUCUCAGAUAAGAUGGAGUUACUCUACAGAACCAAGAAGUUCAUAUUCACUGAACCCCUCUACCCAGGGUUCUGGCUUGGGGAGGAGAGUUGCAUCACACUAUGUAAUCUGAGGCAUGAAAGAUUCUAACCAUGAGAGUAAAACUAGGACAUAGAGAUCGGGUUGCAAAAAUCUGGUAACUUUCCCCAAAUUCCAUGUUUGCCAGAAAUCCAGGUUGGAUAAUUCCCAGAAUCAGGAGGGAAUAAGCAGGAAAUCCACAAUCCUCCAAACAGGAUUUCUGGGAAUCUUGGGAAAGUUACCAGAUUUUUGCAACCCUAUAUAGAAAAUAAUAUACUAGAAAGUGUAGACUGUGGAUAGAAGUUCAAAAUAAAGCUAUAUACAUGGUAUACAUCCUGGAUAACAGUUAAAAGGCUUAGAAUGCUGUUAGGUUUUGGGGGAUCAUAUCUUGGUUUUAUUAGCUUGUAAACCUCUAAAAUCAGCUUGUACCCUCUUUACAUGUGUAAUAUUGACGUAUUUGUAAUAUCUACUAAAACAUUUUUUACAUUUUUCAUACAAUUUUUAUAAAAAUAAAAUCACGUAAAUUAA